CAAAUCGUGAACUAAACGUUACUGAUGACAGUCGAUGUCGAUUGUCGACAGCAGUUUUUCGCGAGAGGCGUUAUAAUUCUUACGUUUUAAGGCUAAAUUAUUGUGAUUAUUAUAAUUCAAAAUGUUAGCCUUGAUUAAUCGUAUCCUUGAUUGGUUCAAAAGCCUGUUCUGGAAAGAAGAGAUGGAGCUCACGUUGGUCGGCUUGCAGUACUCUGGAAAAACAACAUUUGUGAACGUCAUUGCAUCUGGCCAGUUCAGUGAAGAUAUGAUCCCCACCGUUGGCUUCAAUAUGCGCAAAAUCACUAAAGGCAACGUCACUAUCAAGGUGUGGGACAUUGGAGGCCAGCCCAGGUUCCGCUCUAUGUGGGAGAGGUACUGCCGCGGCGUCAACGCUAUAGUAUACAUGGUAGACGCGGCCGACAGCGACAAGAUCGAGGCGUCCCGCAACGAGCUGCACAGUCUGCUCGAGAAGCAGCAGCUCACCGGCAUCCCCGUGCUCGUGCUCGGCAACAAGCGCGACCUGCCGCACGCGCUCGACGAGCACGGACUCAUCGAGCGAAUGAACCUGUCAGCAAUCCAGGACCGCGAGAUCUGCUGCUACUCGAUCUCGUGCAAGGAGAAGGACAACAUCGACAUCACGCUGCAGUGGCUCAUCCAGCACAGCAAGUCCGGCGCCGCGCGCUAGGCCUAGCUCUACACUUAGGUACCGCUAGUAGACCUAGCUCUAGACUAGGUACAGCUAGUAGACUCAGCUCUAGACUAGGUACCGCUAGUAGACCUAGCACUAGACUAGGUACCGCUAGUAGACCUAGCUCUAGACUAGGUACCGCUAGUAGACCUAGCUCUAGACUAGCUACCGCUAGUAGACCUAGCUCUAGACUAGGUACCGCUAGUAGCCCUACACCCGUGUAGCACAACACUCGAUCUGAUUUUGAGACCACUUAAGACGAAAGGGGACGUCACGUGACCACUUCUCCGUACAAACGUAGUCCUUAGAUUCUUCUCUGGUAAUACAUUAUAGAAAAUAUUUUUACUUACACGAUUAGUUGUAUAUUAAUAACAGCGAUGGGGCAUCCCUUUGUUUGAUUUUUUCGAUUGUAUAUUGUAAGAGUUCGCUUUUAAAAAUUUGUAUGUAAUUUGUUUUUCGCUCAUAACUCUUAUAAUAAUCAAAAAAUCGAAAAAACUCUAACGAAGGGGCAUAGAUAUGCUUAAUAUAUAAUGAAUUGUAUACAUAUAUUUUCCUUACUGCCAAUAUCUAGGGCGGAAAAUGCGGACUACGUUUUUAUGGAUAAGUACGUUAGACGGGUGGAUCACACAACACAUUAGUACAAUCAAAGAUUCCUUGUUUGUAUAGAAUAAGAUUUGUAAAGUCUAAAAAAAAAUUCGUGUGUCGAUUGUAAAAUUUUAUAUUGGUCAAGUAGAUAGUACGGCGCCAUAUGUUUUUUGGUACCUUCCACCAAAGAGAAUUUGAAAUAGAGGUGGAUUGUCAAAGAAAACUUUGUAGCCACAGUAAAUUUACUGCCAUCUUUCAACACAUGAUUAAAACUUUUAGAACGCCAUUUGACUUUGAUCCUUAUUCUUUCACUGAUGUAUUUAAUUUGUUAAAUAUCAAAAAGUGGCGCCAUCCAAUAGAUCAAAGGCUAAAGGUAACGAUGCCGCCACAACCUUUGGGUUAUGCCCGGUAAGAUCGCGCCACUUUUUUAACAAAUUUAACACACAUCAGUGAAAAAAUAACGAUAGCGUUCUAAAACUUUUAAUCAUGUGUUUAAACAUGGCAGUAAAUUUACUGUAGCUACAAAGUUUUCUUUGACAAUCUACCUCUAUUUCAAAUUGUCUUUGCCUCCACUUAUUUAUUUAAUUUAAUUAAGUUAAUAUUUGACGACCAGAGUUACAGCAUAAAGUGCGGAACUGUACAACAGCGCCAUCUACUGUCAAAUUCGGGCAUGAAUUUUUCUUAGACACAUCUAGGACAAUCAAUGAAUCUUUUCUUUAACGUGUUUUGUGCAAUUGAUCAACUUUGUAAGCGCUCACGAUUUUACGAUCCAUUUUCCCAAAAUUCGACACAUUUUAAUAUGCUUUUUUCUAUUACAAUAUUUAAUUGUUUUCUCGCAUGAGGAUCGAGCGCGGUGCGUAAGCGGUCUAGGUUCGCACUCGAUUUAAACAUAUUUCAAUUGCUAAUUGUUUUAAACAUCAAUUAUAUCAUGAAUAUACUUAAUGUUUAAAGGAAACAAGCACACUCAAGUUUUGAAUUAUACCUUAAAAAUAGCUAAUCUAUAAAUACAUAUUUUGUUGUUGUAUUACCGUUUAAAGAAAUAAAUUUAUUAUUUUUUCCAUCUAUCCGGCGUAGUCCAGUUUUAUGUGCAAUAAUAUUUCGUACGAUAAAUCGCUCAAUAAUAUCUGCCACCUCAUUUGACGGUAUAGGUAAAGUACAAGUAAAUUUACAAGAUUUAAAAAUUUGAGUAACGCUUGGUUGUGCCUAAUAGAUGUCUCCUGGCUAAAAAACCUUGGAAAUGUGAAUAAGUGCUUAAAAAUCUUAAAUCGCCGCACGUUUGUGAUAAAAUUAUUUAAGUGUUGAAUCUGCACAUCCUACUGACUGUGCCAAUAAAGCGUCUUCAAAUUGUAUCCGGAUCCGCUCGCCGCUUCGGUGUGCGAUCGGGACAUCGCUAUAUUAUCAUAGCGCUGUCUCGUUUACACACCGGAGCGUCAUGCGGAUACGCAUCGGCGAUAACCGCGUAAGGGCGUCUAAACGCGCAUAUUCGGAGGCUUAAUGUCGCACAUGUAAGAUUAACUUGGUUUCCAUUGCGUAUGUCUAAUAGAUAAAAGAAAAAAAGUAAAAAAAAAAAACUAACUACUUUUUGGAAAUGGUUGCAAGUAUUUAGAAAUUCCUUGCACCUCAAGAUUGUUGUCAAUUAUAAUAAUCGACGUCAUAAUACCCUGGCUUUUUAUAUUUAAAGGUUAUAUAGACGUGACAAUUUGCCCACCAGAGUGGCAAAUGUCGAUAGAAAACGCCAAUCGAAAGUGAAAUAAUAUAUGAAAAUGAUCACGUGCCCUUUCAUUGCAUCUGUCAUCCUGAUACAUUUUUUAUAUUCGAUCAAGCGGCAUUUGUCGAUUUACGAUUGUCUUCUUGGUACCUAGUACCCUGUUUCACCACGCUGACAAUUGUCGCCUGACAUUGACAAUUCACCGUACAUUGAUGUUCCAGCAAGUAAGUAUUGAGGGUAUGCCAAUUGUCAUGUUGGUGAAAUAGGCGCAUGUAGGAAGGUAACUUGACAGGCGUGACCAUUUAUCGUGCAACGACAAAUUGUAAUUAAAUGGGUGGUCAUUGUCUGUAUCUUUAGGUAUUAAAAAAAGGUAAACAAAAACUACCCUCAAAUGGCUCCUUAAGCCAGUCGAGGGUAGAUGAAAACAUUACAUGAUCAAAUAAUGUAGGUUUAAAGUCAGGUUGUUCAGAGACAGGUCCAGGCGGUUUUGUAUUCCAAUAAAUAUUAUAUUAUAACUUACCGAAAAUGUAAAAAUUGUUUGUUUACUUUUAUUUAAAUAUCUAAAGAUACAGAGUUUACGUUGUAUAAAUUGUAAAAUGUAAUACAAAGAAAUUAGAGCGAGUAUAAAUUUUACAUACAAAACUUCCACUCGCUCUAUUUUAUUUGGUGCCAGAUUCGUACUUUACCAUUUACAUGUCUACGGACGGGCCUUACGGGCACUAAGAAUGGUGCUAGUUCAGUAGUGUGACUCAUGAAUUCGAGCCAAUCGUGCAGUCUAACGCAACUAGUUGCGACUCAUUUCGCGCGUGAUGCGAACUCAUCAACCAAUCGCGGUGUGGCGUUAGACUGCACGAUUGGCUUUAGUGUGCGUGAUACCGCUGUACUGGCCCCAUUCUUAUGGACCGUAAGGCCCGUCCUUAAAUAUAUGUCAAUGUACCUUACGUAAAUGUUCAUGCAAAAUUUCAUGUAAUUUAAGCAUGUCGUUGUGAAAUGAGGGCGUAACUUCGAUACGAAGCGGUUUUUUCGCGUCGGAUUCGUGUGACGUAUAAAAUUGAUCUGUGUAAUGUACACGUUUGGAUAUACCGGGUGUGGCCUCUAACAGGAGCAAAAAAUAAGUUGUGGGCGUAUGUUCAGUGACUUUUAAAAAUAACUUGUGUUUUGUUACAUUUAAGGCGUAACAGGCAACGUCAAUUUCAAUGAUAAUGCCAUACAUUAAAGAUUUAAUUUGUAUGAGAAAUAGGAAAUCUAAAGACUUGCUGAUUUUCUAAAGUUAUUGAACAAAAGUGUCAGGGAGUACAAUCUAUGUUUUAAUUAUAUGCUCGUGUUACAGGCCGCACCUAAUAUACACUUUGUUGGACGAAUUAGAGAUAGAUGGAAACUGUUUUAUUGUCUGCUUUGUAUGUAUUGCUCAGCGCGCGAGGUUUUUGCUUUCAAAUCCCUAAGGUGAUACAUGUGAUACGGCUUUAGAGUCCGACCGAGCUAACUCUGCACAAACUGCAGUGACAAUAUGUGAAAUAAUUGCGUUUAUAGUGGCACUCCCACACUUUGCACCUCAGUCUGUAGAGACUGCAGUUAUUACCUUUUAUCUCAGGCGCUCGGUAAAAAAGUUGCGCGAUGAUAUUGUAGUAGAAGGUACCUGAGCUUUGGAACUAAAACUAGUUUAUAUUAUUACGUUUUUACUUAACGUAAUACAAAUCAGCUCCAUCUAGCCGCUUUCAACCAGUCCGUAGCUGACCAUAAUAACUUCUUAUUAACCCUUUGACCGCCACCGUCGGCUAUGGCCGUCAUCUGAAUGACUUGCCAAGGACGCCAACGACGGCUACAGCCGACAGUUUCGCCAAUGCAACAGGGACUAACGCGGGACUCUGUAAAGUUCAAUUUCGCUUAAAUAAUCGUGAUAGCCAGCGUCCGGGGCACGGCAUGUUCCUUUGUCGUCUGGCGUUCAAAAGGUUAAGACAAAAGUGGAGGACCUGCGCGAAAUCGUACAAACGUAGUCGUCAUUUUCCUCUCUAAUUAAUUACAUUAUUGUUUUUUUUUUUACAUAAUUUAAUGUAUAUUUACCACAGCUAUGCCCCAACGUUUGUUAGAUUUAUUAUUAUUAUAACUAUUAUAAGAGUAAGAAGCAUUAAGAAAUCACUCCUAAUUUUUAAAAUAAUCAUAAAAUCUAAAAAAGUCUAACGUAUAGGCAUGGGCAUAGCUAUGCUCAAUAUACAUCAUAUUAUGAAUAAGAAAGUUUUUAUUAUCUACUGUGUAAAAAUAAUUUUCAAAGUGUAAUCAUCCAGAGAGGAAAAUGGGGAUUACGUUUGUAUGGAGAAGCCGCAGUCCCCUUUCUUCUUACACCACCUCAGUUAAAUGGUAGAACUAUAGCUUAGACGGACUCUAAGAACUGGAUCCAGGCAGUUUUUUUUUUAAUGAUCAAACGUCGAGAUUUCAUCCAUGACUGUGGCAGUAUUUUCUAACAUUUUUUUUUUUAAAUUGCCUCAUUCCAAAUGAGAAUAUUGCCUCAUUCGUACAUUCGGCCAGUGUAUAGUUACUGAUGGAUACGUUAGCCACAUAUCACUAGCUUUCUUUUAUUUAUUAUUGUGCAUCGAGGACAAUCCUGUGGGCGUACGUAACCAGUAAUGAGUUUGAAGUUUUUUUUAAUACAACUUCGUCCUUUUUUGGAAGUCUGUUAAAAUAUUGACUAUAAAACUAAAUGAUUAACACGUUAUUGAUCAAAUUAAUAUCCGUUAAGUAGUUUUGACGCUACGGUGGAACAAACAUAAUAAGAAUACAAAAAAGCCGAAAACCUGUGAUACCAAACACACUGACGUACAUUCGAAGACUAAUCGUUUUAUGCAAAAAAAAAACGCGGUGAUUCCGAUUUUCGCCACACACCCAUUUAAUCAUAAAUUAUUAAAUAAUUCAUUUCAUAUUGGUCAAAUCAAGCCUAAGUUAAAAUAAAUUUCAAAUGAAAUAUUAGGUACAUUUAGGAUUGUCUGUAAGGUGGCAAUAUGUUGAUUACUGUUCGCUUACCCACUCAAAAUCUAAAGUAACUAUAUGUUGAGCGACUAAUGUACUAUGUUAGAAUAUUUAGAUCCUUUAAUACUAGUAUUACGCAUUAUAUAUAUAUUAUAAAUAUACUUAUCUCAUACUGUUAGUAACGAUAAGGUGAAAAUUUAAUGAGGGACUAAUUUUGCUCCAUAAAUUAUUCAGUAUACGUAGGAAAUAUUUAUUAUUUACAAGUUUUUAAAGUUUUUUUUUAAAGAUUAUCUAGCAAAAUUAGGCUCACAAACGAGUUUAUUCAUAUUAAUAGUAAAUAAUAUUAGCGUAAUUAAAUCAUCAUCAUCACAUGCCAUUGAAACAAAAAAAAAACUAAAUUAAGCCUGUUUUACCACUCUGACAAUUGUCACCUGACAAUGACGAUUUGCCAAUAUAUGGCGAAUUGUCAGUGCCAGUUGUAAAUUGUCAUGUUGGUAUAUACGGGCUUUCAGUCUCCUGAUAGUGACAAUCAAUAAUUUCAGACAAAUUUAUUGUUUUGGUACUUUACGAGUUGAUAUGCGCUAUAAUUAUUUAUUAUUCUUAUGUUAUAGUUAUGAAGUCAUUAGAUUUGUAAUUGUUUACAGCUUGAAUGCACACUGUAGAAUAAUUUAAGGUGAAAUUCAUGAGGGAAAGAAUGCCUAUGGGUUUAUAGGAUUACGUUGUUAUUUGCAUUAGUUACAGUAACCAGUUAUUAGAUAAGGCAUAGUUACAGUAUUUAGACUUAUUAUGGUUGAAUUUUCAAUAUAAGUACUUAUCGUUUUCGUUGAGACGUUCAUUCAUCACUCGCAUACUUGUUUGAAAAGUAUUUGUCUCAUCUACUGAGAUAAGACAUGAAAACGCGACCAUAAUAUGCUCCUAUUUCAUCAUCUUGACAAUUGUCAUCUGACUAUGACAAUUACUGCGUAGGUUAGUAACGACGCUGCCUACUUAGCGCCAAUGUUUACUUGUUGGACCAGCAAUGUAAAAUUUAUAGGAAAUGUCAUUGUCAGUAUACAUCUAAUUUUAACGUGCAUUGACCUGUUUGUACGGAUGCGGCAACCAAUGUACUGUAAUGGUGCCUAUAUUCAAGAAUUUCGUUUUGUAAUAAAAAUGCCAUGUUUACUUUAGUCCGCUCGCCAGCGACUGAUUUCUCUUGUACCGUUUCGAGGCGGCGGGGUAAUGUAAACAUGCCAUUUAAAAGAACCCAGUAGUAAAGUUAUGCCAAAAAAUAACGUAAACCUGUUGUUGUUAGGCGGUCUUUAAUGUGAUCACAAAAAUUAUGUUACGUGUAUGUAUAGUAUGUUUACGGUGCCUACUUACUCGUUCAAUUCGGAGUUGGCCGAAUCAAAUAAUAUAUAUAAAUAGUUUAUACCUUACCUAUACAUGAGCGGUCAUUAAAAUCGUAAAAUUUUAGAUUACUGUAUAAUACGCGAAAAUAUUUUUGUUUUCACAAUGGGAAAUUGCAACUAUAAAGUUGCAGCCGAUAUAACCGCAUAAAACGAAUGUAGUUAAUAAUUUAGUAUUUACUCAGUAAGUUAACGUUUGCCCACGUCUCUUAUUAGCCAACAUGACAAAUUGGCGUCUGACACUUCACAAUUCGACGUUCAUUUCUAAAACGAUAAGUAACAGUCUACUAAUUGGACCACAAAUGUGUCUAUUUUUAUUGUCAUGUGACAAUUGUCAAGUUGGUUUAAUAAGGGCUUUGUGUCAAACUUGAUCGCACCUGAUUUUAAUGACAAGCGCUGUAUAUAUAGUAUAUAUAAAUAAAAUUAUGUAUCUCUUUUAUAUGAUAUGGGAAUAGUAGUAAAGAGUUCACGAAUAUAAAUGAUAUGUAAAAUGCCAA